AUGGGCCUCUCAACUCCCGUAGCCGCAGUUCUCAUCGUUCUCGUCACCGUCGUACCCAUGCUACUCAUCGCAGGCUUCACCGCCCGCUUCAUCUCACGCAACUUCAGGGACGCAGCCGGUGCCAUCGAACCCAAACCGGCGAGACGCUGGUUCGGCUUCCGACGCGUCAAAUCGAACGACAGCGCCACCACCAGCCUCGCAAUCAACACGCUACACUACGCCGACUCGUGGCCGGAUCUCGAAAAUCCAGCCGCCACCCGAGACAUGGCAUCCCUCGAGGGCCAGUCGUUUGAGCUGGAGUUUCUCGCCGACAAGGCGGAGAACGGAUCGGAGAGGGGCGGUCCCGAAGUCCCGCAGCCGCUCAAGGUUCUCAAGAGACUCGGGCGUGGUUCUGGAGGGGAGUUCCGAGGAGAUGCAAGCGGCUCGCGAUCAGUUGUCGAGACUGACGAGGGUGUAGACGGUGUCUCGGGACCGUUUGGCGAGCCACUCGUUGAACAUUCUUCACCCAGCCGACGGCCACAAGCGCAUCGACCACCAGCUUGGGAUAAAUUCGUUUCAUAUGCUAUUCCUGGGCCACUCGAUGAUGGCCUUGAGGCAGUAUCCCAAGCACCACAACGCGGUGCUUCUAAUUUUAUGCGGUCUUCUAGUAACUCGUCUCUGGCUGCUCAAGCAAGCACUUCAUAUCACUCAAAUAUUUCAGGAGAGAGAAACACGUCUCAUAGCUCCCUUGUGCUCGUACCGAAGAUUCGUAUCACCCCAGAAAUCAGGGCUCUCGAUGGCAGCACGGCAAGCUUCUGGGUUGCCGUCGAGGUUUCAGGCCAAUUGUGUCAGCCUCUCAACGGCUUACUCUGCGAUGAUACCUCUGCUGAAUAUGAGUCUGCCUUGCUGAGCAGACUCAAUGAUCAAUCUUCUACAGAUCCUUUCAGGCAUGGGUGUAUUCACAGCAUGGAUAUCCAAAUCGUUCCGCUUGGAAACAGUUGUAUUCUUGAGACAAUUCGGGAUAAUCCUAUCCAAACAACACUAGGUAAUGACGAUAUUGUACUGCUGCUCGCGCAAGUCCUAGUCAAAUCGCCUCGCUCCACUGCCGUGGCUACGCAACAAGGCCAUGUCAAACACAGGUCAGAUGAGCUGAUUGAUGACUUGGAAUAUCAGUUAGGAGAUUCAAACCUCGAGUAUAUACGCGUUUCGGUCAAGUACAACCAUUCAGCAUUCUUUUGCCAAAGUCGAAAUGACAUCAUCGACAACAUAGCAGAAGGCGGCACAAAACUAGAAACGUUUGCUACGGCCGUCGUCAAGCAACAUAAUCACCGAUCACCAUGGUCCCCAAGUCCAGCACCAACAUAUAAUCCCAUUGCGAGCAUCAUCCUUGGAAAUUGGGGGCCAUCGAAAGCUCGUAAUGUGAUUCAUCGUAUAUCACCACAGAGGCCCCUCAGGGCGAAGUCCAGGAUGGACUUGUCUUUGGGAGACGAACCAAUGGAUAUGCUGAGCCCUCCGGUAAUUCCUAGGCGAGAGGCAAGCCUCGGUAGAGACGUGACAGUCAGAAUACCAGACGCAAUGUACAAUGGGUGGUCUGCCGGGCGUCGGAGGACGUUGGCAGUGGACUUGGACUGGGGUAGGCCCCGCGCGGAAGAAGUCGCGGAAGAAGGGAAGCGGUGGCCAUCAACUGCAACGUGCCCCGGCGAGGCGGCAACCGGAGCCGGAUUCAAGAAUAGGUUUGCGAAUCAUUUGACCGCAUUGAGAAGCCCGCGCUCGAUAGGCCCGGGCGUUUUGAGAGGCUUGGCAUCUUCAGUCGCCGGCACCCGAGAUGAAGGUCAUGAAGCAGAGAACAGACAGGCGCAUGGAGGAGAGUCCCCUCGCGGCCGGGGAAGAAAGUCAUUCAGCCGUUGGAGUUGGACGAGCUGGUGGUCUUGA